AUGAAUACCUCCAGUAGCAUGACAGUGUCUCAUGAUUCUGUGUACGGUUACGCAGAAAAAGCUAGUCUGACGAUUCGGAUACGGUUAGUUGUUAUCCCAGUAAUUUUUAUUGUUGGCUUUUUAGGAAACACGCUCACUGCCUCUCUUUUCCUAGGAAAAUCCCUGCGAGCGAAGUCCUGCAGCAUCUAUCUCGCUGUCAAGGCUAUCUCCGACAACGGCUUCCUUGUUUCUCUUCUAGUGGCAUGGCUUGACUUUGUGGAUGUUCGAAUCUUCCACACGCAAGUUGUAUGUCACAUGACUUUGUAUCUUUCAUACGUCUGUGGAUUUGUGUCUGUCUGGUCCGUCGUAUUGGUGACCAUUGAAAACUACGUCAGAAUAUGUCGCCCUUCUGAAGUUCGAUCACUAUGUAGCCGCUAUGUUGCCAAGCGGAUAACAAUUCUUGGAGUUGUGUUUGGCUGCAUGUUGUACAAUUAUCCUCUCUGGACCAUGGAUAUCUCCCCUCCGCAACCACACCAACAAAGGUUUUGUCACACUCUGCAUAAGUUUGAACGCUUUGAAGUAGUUAUGACGUACGUUGAUACAGUUUUAACUCUUGUUAUUCCCCUCAUAAUUAUCAUUAUUCUCAUCUGCAUCAUUGCUGUCAGCUUGGUAGAUGCCUCCAAACGUCGGGAUCGUCUUCGGAAGUCUUCGUCUUAUUCCAGUGUAAAUUCUACACAACCUAAAAAUCGUUCUGCACCCACUUUACCACAUUCCAAAGUCACAAAAAUGUUGUUAAGUGUGUCGCUUGUCUUUGUCUGUCUGCAUACUCCAAGUCAUGCAAUCAGAAUGAAGGCGACAUUGGAGAAUUUAUUGGGUCAAACAACUGUGACGUCACAGAUGGACAGAGUGUUGCAACAUUUCUUUUUGGUGCUAUACUACCUAAACUUUUCUAUAUACUUUUUUAUUUACAUCAUCUGUGGACAAAAUUUCAGAAAAGUUCUGAAGAAGAAAAUAAAUCAGUGGUAUGGAAGAAAGGAACAUGUGACAAGAACUUCGGACUGCGUCCUGAAUAAUCGAACCGAGGACAUCGAACUCGAGACAUCGAAGAACACGUUAGAUAUGGACUAG